GCGCCAACGAAAAAGGAGCGAACUGGGGAAGAAACCUGCCAUCUUUUCGUAGAGCUGUACGCGGUAUUGAGCAUAUAAUUAAUAAAAGGGUACUUUCCUGAGACGUUUGGAGUUUUGCUAACAUGCCAGAGGAUACUCCAGCUCCUUCAAGCGCAGGAAGCAUGGAGGAAAAGCCCUGCUCGUCAAGCGCCGCGGACAGCUCUGAUGUCAUGGAGGAGGCCAAGAAGCUGAUUGGCACAGGAAACCGGCAUCUCGUUAUGGGGGACGUGGUAUCCGCAGUUAAUGUGUUCCAAGAGGCCUGUGGCAUGCUAGCAGAGAAAUAUGGAGACACUGCUGAUGAAUGUGGAGAAGCAUUCUUCUUGUGUGGAAAGUCUCUUCUGGAACUAGCUAGGAUGGAGAACACGGUCCUGGGGAAUGCGUUGGAAGGAGUUCCCGAGGAGUCUUCUGAGGAAGGGGAGAAGCCGGACAACUCUAAAAUAGAGAGUGCAGAUAACCUGGAUGAGAAGACUAGAGAUGAGCUUCGGGUGCAAGUUUACGAUGCCAUGGCAGAGAAGGAAAAAACAACAGAAGGUGAUGGUGCUGAGGAUAAGAUGGAGACUGAGGAACAGGGUGGGAAUGUUUCCCAGUCCCCUGCCAAAGAUGUCAUCAAGUCACCAGUGAAUGGAACGGAUGAGGUCAGUGCUGCAGCAGCACAAUCUCCCACAAAGGACAAGGGUGGUGUUCCCUUGGCUCAAUCUCCCAAUAAGAAUCAGGAUGGAGCUCCUGCAGCUCCGUCUCCCAAAAAGGAUGAGGGUGGAGCUCCUGCAGUUCCGUCUCCCAAAAAGGAUGAGGGUGGAGCUCCUGCAGCUCUGUCUCCCAAAAAGGAUGAGGGUGGAGCUCCUGCAGUUCCGUCUCCCAAAAAGGAUGAGGGUGGAGCUCCUGCAGUUCCGUCUCCCAAAAAGGAUGAGGGUGGAACUCCUGCAGUUCUGUCUUCCAAAAAGGAUGAGAGUGGAGCUCCUGCAGCUCCUUCUCCUAAAAAGAACGAUGGUGGCGUUCCUGUCGCUCCGUCUCCCAAAAAGGAUGAUGGUGGCGUUCCUGUCGUUCCGUCUCCCAAUAAGGACCAGGACAUGGUUCCUGUGGUUCCAUCUCCCAAAAAGAAUGAGGGGGACGUUCCUGUGGCUCCCCCUCCUAAGGACGAGAGCGGAGUUCCCUUGGUGCCAUCUCCCAAGAAGGGUGAGGUUGGCGUUGCCGUGGUGCCGGCUCCCAAGGGUGAGGCGAAAGAAGCUGAAGAACAGAAUGGAGAGGUGGUGGCAGAGGUGGAAGAAUCUCAUGAAGAUGAAGAGGAAAAUAUGGAGGAGGGUGAAGAUGAUGACGACGACGAUGAUGAUGACGACGAAGGCGAGGGCACUGCUGAAGAUAAGGAGAGUGAGGAAGAGGAGGUGGGGAACUUGCAGUUGGCCUGGGAGAUGUUGGAAGUGGCUAAGGUCAUCUACAAAAGGCAAGAGGGCAAAGAAGACCAGUUGAUGGCAGCGCAAGCACACCUCAAGCUAGGGGAAGUUGGAGCUGAAUCGGGAAAUUAUGUUCAGGCCUUGGAGGACUUCCAGGAAUGCCUGCGCUUGCAGCUGAAGCACCUGCCCCCCCACAGCCGCCUGUUGGCGGAGACGCACUACCAGCUGGGCGUGACCUUCGGCUACACCGGCCAGUACGCCCAGGCCAUCCAGCACUUUAACAGCUCCGUCCAGGUCAUCGAGAGCCGCCUGGCAAUGCUCCAGGAGGCCAUCGACAAGGCGGAGGGGGCGGACGGCGCUGCGGAGGAGAAGCGGGAGACCGAGGAGCUGAAGCAGCUGCUGCCGGACAUCAGGGAGAAGGUGGAGGAUGCCCGGGAGAGCCAGAAGACCGCUGGAGCCGCCUCCGUGGCCAUACAGCAGACCCUGUCUGGGGCCUCCACGUCUGCAUUUUCGGGUGAAAAUGGUGGGACCUCUUCAUCCGCUCCAAGCCAGAUCGCUGUGGCGCCUACUGAUGGAGCUCCCGCCAAAUCCGCGUUGGACAUCUCUCACUUGGUCAGGAAGAAGAGGAAACCAGAGGAGGAGAGCCCAGUAAAGGACAGUGAUGCUAAAAAGGCCAAACAGGAAGCCACAGUUAAUGGCAACGGAGACUCAGCCAGCAACGGCAAUGGGGUCCAGGAGAAAAUGGAGCAGGAUGAGCCAGUGAAGCCGUCCGCCACCGUGGAGACCUCGUGAUGUCCUUCCUGAAGAUGGCAGGGCCAACCAGUACAGCAUGCCCCCUUCCCCCCCCCCCCCCCCCCAUCAUCUUUGUGCUUUGUGUUGUAAAUAAGGCAUUUCCAUGUUAAAUGUUUGUUCCCUCUUUUUGUAAAAUUGUAGUACGUUUCAAUAAAGAAUAUUUGCAAAACUGAA